CCGGAAGGAAGUUUAUCAUCUCUGCAGCCAUUUUAGAUUGAAAGUUAACUAAUAACUCAACCGCCUUCUAUUAAUUUAUUGUGAUCAAAUCUACUAAUUGUGAUCUUGCUUCUUUUAAAUUGAUUGUACUUCGUUGUCAAUACGUUUCGUAGUAAUUUAAUUUCAACUAAUUAUGCCUGGAACUACUGAGAGCAACGACCAACAUCAAGUUGAUGAUCAAAAUGUGGAAAUGACCAGCGUUGAAACUGAUAACUCUAAUGCAGCUGCAUCUGAUAUUAAAGGUGAUCAGCAUGAUAAUGGUAAUGGCGAUAGAACCAACGAAGAGCCAGAGCAAUUUAGGAAACUUUUCAUCGGUGGUUUAGACUAUAAAACUACUGAAGACACACUCAGAGCGCAUUUUGCUCAAUGGGGAGAGAUUGUCGACUGUGUCGUAAUGCGAGAUCCACAAACCAAAAGAUCUCGUGGAUUUGGAUUCAUCACCUUCAGUAAAUCAACUAUGGUUGAUGCUGCUCAAUCAGCUCGACCUCACAAGGUGGAUGGACGAGAAGUUGAACCAAAGCGAGCUGUCCCUCGUGAGUCUGGGAAACCAGAAUCACAGGCAACAGUGAAAAAAGUUUUCUUAGGCGGACUUAAAGAAGAUGUCGAAGAAGAAGAUCUUAGAGAAUAUUUCAAAGACUUUGGAAAUAUUAUCAAUGUAAAUGUCGUUACUGAGAAAGAAACCGGAAAGAAACGAGGUUUCGCUUUUGUGGAAUUUGAUGAUUAUGAUCCAGUGGACAAGAUAGUCUUAAAAAAGCAUCAUGUCAUCAAGGGGCGUAAAACCGAAGUUAAAAAAGCUUUAGCUAAACAAGAAAUGGACAGCCAUAAAAGAAAAGGUGACAAUAGGCAUAAACCAGGCCAAAGGCCAGGCCCCGACUCUCGUGGCGCUCCAGUAUGGGAAUCUGGACCUUAUAACAGCGGGUUCGGUGGCGGCUAUGGCAAUCAAGGCGGAUACGGUGGCUCAUACGCUGGAGGCUAUGGACAAGGCUAUGGUAGUCAAGGCUGGAAUCAAGGCGGUGGGUAUAGUCCUAGCGCCGGAUGGCCAAGUGGCGGCGGGUACACCAGCGGCUACAGCACAGGUUAUGGAAGUGGUAGUAAUACCGGUGGCCCUGUACGGGGUGGAAGAUACCCACACCGAUCAAACGUACCCUACAGGGGUAGGACUAAUUUUUAAACUUAUUUUCUAAUUUUCCUGUGAAAAAGAAAUCAAUUUGAAAUCUUAUAUACCUCUAAUUGGCAUUUAUUUUGAUCUGUUAAAAACAUCUAGACUUCUGAUAUGUUCAAAUUUCUCAGAUAUGCUCUUGAUUUCAAAGCUAUCAAUUUUGCUUCACUUUUGUUUAAAUUUUUUUUAUUUA